AUGAAUUAUAAGGACGUUAAAACAAUAAUCAACAAACUUAACGAGGAACCAUUUCAACCCUUGGAUGCAGGCGAGUUAGAAAUUCGUGAAAAAUUUGAUAAAAUAAUACGAUUCAACACAUUACGAUAUUCAACUCUGAUCGAGAUGUCAUGGUCAUGCAGCGGAUUGACGUCGUUACUCGUCGAUUUCAGGCACACAAGAUUAACGUAUAGAGAAUGGAUACCAUACAAUUCUUCAUCUUACAUAGUAUUUUGUAUUACGUUUGCUCACCAGUUUUUAAGCACGUUCUAUUGCGCUACCAUCAACGUCGCUUGCGAUACUCUUAUAUGCGGUCUUUUGAUGCACGUCUGCUGCCAAAUCGAGAUCCUGGAAUAUCGCUUGAAGAAGCUUGUAAAAGAUCAAGAUACUCUGGGUUAUUGUAUAUAUCAUCAUAACAAUAUAUUUGAGUUUGCACAAUUAAUCAAUACAAAAUUCUCACAAAUAAUUGGAUUUCAGUUUAUAACAAGUACAUUGAUAAUAUGCUCCAAUUUAUUUCAACUGAGCAAAUCGUCAAUAAGCGCGGACUAUAUUGCAUUAUUCAUAUAUACAUGUUGCAUGUUGACAGAAAUAUUUAUAUAUUGUUGGUUUGGAAACAAAGUCAAAUCAAAGAGUAUUGAACUAGCAAAUAGUAUUUAUCAAAUGGAAUGGCCAGUGCUGAAUAACAACAUUAAAAAAGAUCUUUUAGUAAUUAUGAAACGUGCGCUGGUGCCCAUCGAAUUUACUACUGUACACAUUAUUAGUUUGAAUUUGGAUUCAUUUGUAUCGUUGCUUAAAACAUCAUACUCGGCUUAUAAUUUAUUAGUACGAAUGCAAGAAGAGUAG